UUUUCUCUUCUUGAAUGGGCUUCCGCGAGCGCGGGAAAAGAAAGCGGCCGGGCAGGAUGGAGCGGGAGGUUCUGCAGCGCUGGGCGGCCAAAUUGGGGGUCUCCACGCCCGGAGUUAUCAGAAAAGCAGAAGAAUACCUGCGACUUUCUCAAGUUAAGUGUGGCCCCCUGCUAGCCCAGAUGAGCCCCACAAGCAGUGCUGUGAUCUGCCUCGACUUGGCUGCUACCUUCACAAGGAAUCCAGUGGACAAAAGUUAUUUCGUGAAACUCUCCGGCUUGAACAGAGCCACUUACCAGCGCUACCUGAGAUCCUUUGAAAGCCUGCUGGCUCUGCAAUCCAACGUUGGCGUCAGAGAGGUGGCAGUUCAGUUCUCCUGCUUGGAAGCUGCGAAUCUGGCAUCAAGAAUCCUGCGGAGGUACGAAUCCAGCCUGCCAGAAAUUCAACAGGUGACGCUCGAUUUGUCGCAACCCUUGUUCACCACUGCAGCAUUGUUUACUGCUUGCAGAGCCUUGAAACUUAAAGUGGAUAAAACCAAAAUGGUGACUGUAUCAGGGGUGAAGAAAACCAUAUUUGACCGGCUCCACACUCAGUUAGAGAAGAUUAGCCAACAAAUCAACCGAGAAGGUGAUUCAUUGUCGGCGAAGCUUGAAGAACCUCAAAAAUCCUUCCUUGAAGAACUUGCAAAGGAAGAAGUUCUGGAAGCAAAAGUCUCGCGCAAGCGUCCCAAAAAUGAAAUUGAGCCUAAAGAAGAUUAUGAAGAAUGGAAACGAAGAAUCUUAGAAAAUGCUGCAAAAUCACAAAGGAAUAGUGUGUGAGUGGAAUUGUUCCGCUAGUGAGUGCAAACAUCAGGCUGGACUGUUGACUAUUGUUAGUCUGGAGCAGGCAUUUCCAACCUUGGCAACUUUGUGGAUUUCGAUUCCCAGAAUUGAGGAAUUCUGGGAGUUGAAGUCCACAAGGCGUAAAGUUGUUAAGAUUGGAGAUCCCUGGUCUGGAGAACUAGUCUGUUGGGAGAGAAAAAAAAACUUCUAAAAACUUGAAUUCCUUGAAUAGGCGGCCAUGAGGCCUAGAUAGACGUGCUUUUUAAAUGUGUUCAGCUCAUUGAUACUUAAGCGAAAUGUGAGCUGUGUUUUUGGGUUGAUAACAACUGUAAUUCAGAUAGUUUAAUGAUUUGGCUCUGAAUUUGGGCAGCAAGAUAACUGCCAUGUCCGUUCUAGCACACACUUAAUGCAGCAGUAAAAUGAAAUUCUAUAUGAAUGAAUGAAACUUCUAUUAGAGGCAUAGAUUAAGAAUAUAUGUUAAUCCAAGAUGCCUGCUUUUAUCUUCCGUUGUGUAACUAGUGGGAAUCGCAUAAUCAACCAUACAGAAUACUUAAUGUCCCAUUAACUCAUUUUAAGAUUGGUCCCUUUGAGUAUUUAAUUUUUUUUUAACCAUGACUUGUGUUAAUUCCUCUCUGGCAGCAUCAAUAAACUUUUAAUUUGUGCUACAGUCUUCUGUUUUGUGGUUUC